AUGCCCAGGAAAGCUGUCAGUGCAGCUGCCUCUGUCCUGGUCAGGGGCUCUUAUUUGGUCAUGGUGCUUCUGGCUGGCCUGGUGUCAGCCUGUCCUAAGAGCUGCCACUGCUCGGAGAAGAACGGCAUGAUGGUGGUGCAGUGCAUUUCACGCAACCUGGAGAAGAUCCCGUCGGACCUUCCACGGGACACGGUUUCCCUGCUGCUGGGGUCCAACCGGAUCACCAAGAUCCCCAACCAGGCCUUCAAGGACCUGCACCGGCUGCAGGAGCUGGACCUGUCCCGCAACGCCAUCGAGGCGGUGGACGCGGGGGCCUUCCUGGGGGUGUCCGAGGGCCUGCGCAUGCUGGACCUGUCCAACAACCGGAUCCGCAGCGUGCCCAAGGAGGCCUUCGCCAGGCUGCGCGCCAAGAUCCGGCUGUCCAACAACCCCUGGCACUGCGAGUGUACGCUGCAGGAGGUGCUGCGGGAGCUCCGCCUGGACCCGGAGACGGUGGGCGAGGUCAGCUGCCACACCUCCGUGCAGGAGGAGUAUGCCGGCAAGCCCGUCAUCCAGGUGCUGGACUCCGGCAUCAACUUCUGCAACUUCCACCACCGCACCACCGAUGUGGCCAUGUUCGUCACCAUGUUCGGCUGGUUCGCCAUGGUCAUUGCCUACGUCAUCUACUACGUGCGGCACAACCAGGAGGACGCCCGCAGGCACCUGGAGUACCUCAAGUCCCUGCCCAGCAGCUCACACAUCAGCAAGGACUUCGACACCAUCAGCACCGUGCUCUAG